AUGCAUGAUCUCGCCAACCUGGAAGGGCCGAAGCUGUUCCGCAUCGCCUCUUAUCUCACGGACGACACCAAGCGCGUGGAGGCGUUCAAGCGCUGGCUGGGCAAACUGCACAAGCUCUACCGCGGGAAGCUGCCAGAACAAUCGCGGCUGUGCAGCACUAGUACCACCAGCACCAGCACCUCUAGUAUGAGUAUCAGCAGCUCCAACUCCUCCAGCAGCUCCAAAACCUCCAGCUCUAGCGCCUCUAGCUCCAGCGCUUCCAGCUCCAGUAGCUCCAGUGCUAGCGCCAGUAGCUCCAGCGCCUCCAGCGCCGGCGCUUCCAGCUCCAGAGCCCGCAGCGCCACCAGCUCCGACAGCUCCAGUACCUCUAGUACGAGCACCUCCGGGACCAGCAGUGCCAGUACCACCAGCACCUCCAGCACCAGCAGCACCACCAGCUCCGGCAGCUCCAGUACCUCCCAAACUAGCACCUUCGAGACCAGCAGCUCUAGCUCCAUGGUACCUCCAGCUCCAGCGUCUCCAGCCGCAGUGCCUCCAGCUCCAGCAGCGCCACUCCGAAGGCGGUAG